AUGGCUAAAGUCGAGGCUUCCGAAUCAGCGGCUCUGGCCGCCCAAAUCUGCAAUCAAGUUUCUUCCGUCUUUGCGAGCCCCACCUCCUCCCCACCGGCCCUGAGCACAGUGGUGGAGGAAAUCUGGGCGGCGUGGAAGCGCGGCGGAAAAAUCAUGGUGUACGGCGUGGGGCGCGAAGGGCUAAUGAUGAAGGCCCUGUGCAUGAGGCUAUUCCACUUGGGGCUCUCCGCCCACUGCGUCUUCGACAUGACCACUCCUCCCAUCGCGCCGCCGGACCUCCUGAUCGCCUCCGCCGGGCCGGGAGGUUUCUCGACCGUGGACGCCAUAUGCGGCGUGGGCAGGAGCGCCGGCGCUCGGGUGCUGCUCCUGACGGCUCAGCCCUCAUGGGUGAAGUGCGGCAGCGUGAGCGUGGUGGCGCAUAUUCCGGCGCAGACUAUGGCAGACGCGGAGCAGGACCUGGCCCUGCUGCCGAUGGGGAGCGUGUAUGAGGGAGCCAUGUUUGUGCUGUUUGAGAUGGUGGUUUACAAGUUGGCUCAGCUGUUGGGUCAGAGCCCCCAUCAGAUAACUGCUCGCCACACCAAUUUGGAGUAAAUGUAAUUUGGGUCAGAGCCCCCAUCAGAUAACUUCUCAUUACAACCCCUUUUCUUGUUACCCAUUGUAAUCAUAACCCUUCAUUACCAUACUGUACGUUUUCGUUCAAAUUAAUCAAUUUCUUUCUCUCCACAGCUUA